CCCUCGUUGAUGAUCCACGCUUUUUCGAACGACAACAACCCACCUUCGUCGGCGGCAGACUGACCAUUCACAACAUUGAAGCGGCGCGGAUAGCGAGUCAAGCGAAAUUCUUCACCAAGGCGAAAACGAGGCGAUACGACCUGACACGACACCACGAUGGGUGCCGUCUCCGCAGUCUUCCUGGUCCUCGCCACCAUACUCUUUCCGCCCCUGGGCGUUUGGAUGGUGGCGGGCUGUGGCGCUGACCUGCUUGUAAACAUUUGUUUGACGCUCCUCGGGUACAUCCCGGGCCAUCUCCACGCCUUCUACAUCGAGUACGUCUACUACGACCGUCGCGAGCAGGCCAGGGAAGGCCGCUUUUCCUCGGGCCCCGCCCCCGGAAUCUACAGCGACAACGUCCAGACUGGCGGCGGUGGCUAUGGCACCAUUGUGCAGCCGACCCAUUAAGGGCACUGGAAUUUUCAGACCCGGGACCUGCGCUCUCUUUCUUCGGCCUUCCAUGGCCCGCCUGCCGUCAAGACUGCACGACACAGUCAUUGCGGGCUUGAGGAGGAUAAGCUCCUGACGUGGACGUCUGCAGUCUAGAGAGCUUGGAUCUGCAGGGGGCGGGUGGGCAUGCUGGGUGAGAUAUAUGGGACCGCAACCUGUGAGGUUUGGCGCAGGGAACGCACACCGCGUAUCGCUUCUUGCAUGAAACAUGUUUUCUUGUUCUUCCGCUUGCACAGGGCGUGUAAUUAUCUAGAGACUGCAGCUGUUGCACAGCCGGUAGGAAGCCAAGAGAUACGUGGCAAGCAGACGAUGACUUUCCAACAUGUCCGCCAUAGGUAGCUCCAGGCUAACCGGAGAAUGAACGGGUGGCGUGAACACGGGCGAAUUGGGGGCUUACGGUAAGAGGCUACCCAGACGGAG